AUGGAUCCCGAAGAGCAAGCGCCUCUGCUGUCUCCAGACCUCUCCUAUGUUAGCGUAUUUCCGUUGAUUUGCCACCUCAGGAAGGAUGUAACGGUGAAUACCGCAUUGUCUUGGGAACAGCUCACUGCAUCCGACAUCAGCUUCGCUAUCGUCCGCCCACUGGUAUACAAGUAUGCAAAGCUCGGAAAUGAAGCUGUCGUAUACGCGUGUCUCGUUGUUCGCUCGCACUUCAUACACGCCGCGGAUCAGGACAUGGCUCAUGCAAACGUGAUGGCGUCGCGUGCCAUGAUGUGUGAGAUCCUUGCAAUGAAGCUCGUUCGAACAUUUGCAAGUUCGAAGCUUGAGCUUGCUGCUGUGCUCACUACUAGCUGGAACCCUAUUUCAGGUGCGCCUCCGGAAGUCGUAGAGGAAAUCAAGGCGUCGUUGGGUGGCAAUGAGAAGGACUUGGAUGAUCCGACUAACGCACUUGAGAUGGCAAUUGCAACGAAGUCAAAAUCAUUCCUUGCCAGUGCAGUCGUCCAGGCCGUUGUAAAUGACAUAUAUGCGGGUCGACUUGUCUUUUCGGCGGUUUCAAAUAGGUCGUUACUUGCAGACAAUUACAAACCGCGACCCGUCGAAUAUUACGAUGGACGUAGAGCACCUUUUCUUGAUCAUUACCGGCUUCGAGUACCCAAAUACGGAGCCAUACUAGAGUUCCUUAAUUUCGUUCUUUUGAUGCUUACAUUUUGUCUCUGUUUAUCUCAAAGGGACUUCAUGCAGCUCGGAAUAUGGGAAAUUGUGUUUAUCGUAUUUGCAUUUGCAUUCCUCUUGGAAGAAUACGCACAAGCUCGUGAGCACGGAUGGGGCAUCUACAUAGCGAGCAUGUGGAAUGUAUUUGACACUGGGUUUCUCUUGAUUUUUCUGGUUUACUUCUCUUUACGUGUUAGAGGAUUGGUUCGGGGUGAUGCAUAUUCUUCGGAACUGGCAUUCGACAUUCUCUCAUGCGGGGCAUGCAUUUUGUUUCCACGGCUGGCAUUCUUCGCCAUUAAAAAUAACGUUGUUAUAUUAGCUCUACGUGGCAUGGUUGUCGACUUCGUGUUCUUCACGGGUGUUGCAGCAGUCUGCUUCUCCGGAGUGGCUUUCACUUUGUGGACACUAGCUGAUAAGACUCUAUGGCCGCUGAAGAAAAUCAUCUGGCUAAUGAUCGAGAUUUGGUUUGGUAACACGUAUCUAAGUUUCUCACAGGCAGAAGCUUUUCAUAAAGUGUUUGGACCGAUCUUGAUGACAAUGUUUGCGGCAUUGUCAAACACUUUGUUGCUAACAAUCUUGAUUUCUAUACUUUCAAAUACUUUUGCUCGAAUUGAUCAGAAUGCCAGUCAGGAGUACCUUUUCCAAUUCACCAUCAGCACUAUAGAGGGGGUAAAGCUUGAUGCUCUCUUCAGCUAUCAGCCUCCGUUCAAUCUCCUAGCCUACGUUUCAUUGUUGCCUUUGAGCUGGGUGUUGUCCCCGAGGUCCUUACAUACUGCGAACGUACUUUUAAUUCGCUUGACUUCGUUCCCAGUUCUGGUCGUCAUCGGACUGUACGAACGGUAUUUCGAGUCUGAAGACAGCUUAUUUGCAGUAGGGAAAGAUAAGGCGCAGCAUAUCUACAACUCACUUCCGCGGAAUCUGAAGAACAUGCCCAUUGUCGAAGCCAUAGUCGGCGUGCGCGCUCACACGCUGUACGACGCAAUAUUCGACGUCGAUAUUUCCGAGGAACAAGAGUUUGCGCUUUUCGAAGAUUUCAGUGAAGACGAUGAUGAACCGGCGUUGCGCUCGCUAGCGUCGCGGGAGAACUUCCGCAAACGACAAGGGACACGCACGCCAUCGCGACGUCGGGCACAAAGCGCAAGCACUACAGGAACACCGGAUCACUUACCAUCCCCUGGCGCACCUCGUUCGCCCCGUCGUGGGCCUAAGGAGGGCGUGCCAGCAGAUAGUCGACAGACAGGUGGACUCGUUCCUGGACUAUCGAACUUGAGGACGCCGAGCCCUUUAGCACGAUUAUUUGGCGCCCCACAGAACACAAUGGGUCCUGCGUCACCAAUUUCGGAAGAGGCGCUUGCGGGUGUUCGGAGAAUUGAGAAUAUGCUUGAGGGGAUCCGCGACCUCCCGGUGCAUCGACUCAAGGAUGAAAUGAAGGAAUUGCAGGACCGACAAGCGAGAAUUGAGAAUUUGUUGCUCACGCUGACAAGGGGAAUGCGGAACGAGACUGGCUCUCACUCUUCGAGGCAUAAUAGUGCCUUUUAA